AUGGCUGAUAACUUCUGGGCAGAAAAGAGUCCGUUUCCCAAUCACCACGGAUUGGCCACUGAUGAUUUGUUUGGCAAUGAGUUCUCCAGUGGUGGCAUUGACAUGGGGAACGACAACAACAAUAAUAAGAAUCAAGGUGGUGGUUCCAUCAAAAACUUUGCAAAUAACAUGCAAUCAGGUAUGAAGUCAUUUGGUGGACAGAUGCAAUCAGGAGUGCCGGGAGCUCAACACCAACUGGCCUCAAACCCAGUGUUUAAUCAACAACAACAAAUGUUCUUACAGCAACAACAGCAACAACUUCAGAGAGGUCUUCAGAGCGGGCUUUACGAUGACAAUCAAAAAGAGCAGAUGAUAAAAUUGCGUAACAACGUAAUUCAACAGCAGCAACAGAUGAUGCAACAACAACAACAACAACAACGUGGAAAUGACAACAUUGGAAAUGGUGGUCAUUUCAAUCUGGAAGGUUCACAGGAUAUCGAGAUGGGGAUGCAACAACGCCAAAAUUCUCAAAGUGAUAGUUUUGUUGGUACUCCACCAGUUGGACAAACUCCAAGAAUGCAACCAGGCCCAUCCAUUGGGAAUCCUAGUGCUGCUAGGCAGAUGAAUUCCUCAGCUUUGCAUGGACAGAAGCCAUUUUCAGGACAGCUUCAAGAUCAGCAGGUGCGCCAACAACAACACCAACUACCACAGCAACAACCUCAUCAGAUGACCCAACAACAACAACAACAACAACAACAACAACAACAACAACAACAACAGAAACCUCCACCUCCUCAGCAGCACCAACAGCUGCAACAACAACAGCUGCAACCGCUGCAGCAGCCAAGAUUAUCGAACAUGCAAAUGGCACAGCUCCAAAGCGAGUUAUUUUUGGCCACGUUGCAGGACUUCCUUAAUCGAAAAGGUACUCCAAUCACUCAAACUCCGGUCAUUAAUUCUAAGCGCGUGAAUUUAUUCUACGUAUACAUGAUUUCCCUGAAACUUGGAGGUCCUCAAGAGUUAACGAAAGCUUUACAACAACCAGUACCCGGUCCUCAAAAUCCUUGGACUAUUUUAUCUCUGAGGCUAGGUCUUUUAGAGAAUGUCCAUGAUGAUAUGCAAAGAACUCAAGUGGAAAAGGAGUUAGCCAGGCUUUAUCUUGAUACAAUUCUUCCUUACUUGCAAUAUUGCAACACUCCGAAUGGUCAGAGAGACAUGCAACAAAGAAGAGCCUACUUCCAUAGGCAGAUUCUUUUGAAGUUUCAAUCUCAGGCCCAACAACAACAACAGCCACAGCCAACGCAACAGAAAUCCUCCUCGCAAUCACAGCAAUUAUCCCAAAAUCAAUCCCAACAACUCCACCAGCAGCAAAGAGUGAAUAAGCCAAUGGAUAUGCCCACGUCUGCCGUUCUUCCGACCAAUAAAUCUCUUAAUGAUUUGUCGAACAUUGGAAUGUCUCCUGGUGUUGUUGCUCAGUCCCCAGCCCCAAAUUUUGUCAAUAGUCCAUCUGUAUCUCAUCAAAGCCCACAUUUGAGUCUGGCCGCAACUCCUCAACAACGUCGCAUGUCUCGUGCUAGUAAUCAAUCUACUCAAAACUCUCCUUAUUUGAACCAGCAACCAGCACCACAAAGUGUCCCAACCCAAAGAACUUCACAACAAGGAACACCUUUGCAACAGUUUCUGUUUGGCCCAGCUCAACAACAAGGACAAAACCCAGUCCAAAGACAAAUACCACCCCCAAGAUCGUCAAGUGUUGCUUCACAAACGUCAUUUACUACGCCUUCCAACGGUCCCAUUCGGUCAAGGAAAGCUUCUAGAGUUCAAACUCCUGUGUCUGCAUAUGGCGAUAGAUCACAAGGCGAUACUAUAGUCGGCGAUCAGGAUGUACAUUCUAAACAGCCUUCUCAGGCAAACAUACAUACUUCACAAGACCCUAACAUCAUCAAAAAGUAUGUACCUUUCAAGAAACCCUUGGAUCUUUGGGGUGGAUAUGAAAUUAAUCGUAUCUCAAGUAUAGGUGGUGAACUUGAUGGAACGAAGCCGGUAUUCCUAUUUGCUCCAGAAUUAGGUACUAUUAACAUUCAUGCUUUGACAAUGUCGUUGAAAAGCUACUCAAGUCCUAACAGUAAUGAGGCUAUGUAUGCAUUGAAUACUUUAUUGGUUGCUACUUCAGAUGCAAUGUAUGGCUUUAAAAUUGAUGAUUGCAAAGAAUUAUUAGAUUCUUUGGCAAAAUUAGGGUUGAAGAUUCUUGAGCACAUUGUGGACAAAGAUUCUAGGUAUCGGGACCCCUACAACGAAGUUAGCGAUCUUCCAUCCAACGAUGCCAUUGACUCUGUAUUUGAAAAGUAUGUGAAGAAAGAACAAGCCUGUGAAGAUAUUGCCUUUGUCGUUGAAUCAUUAACUGGUGAAGUGAUAGAAGACGAAAUGGAUGAUUCUGAAGACUCUGAUGAGUUUAUGGAUGAUAUAUUUUCACCGCAAACCGACAACACCCCUAUUUUGGGUCAUAGUGAUGUUGACUCAUUCUCUGUUCCUGACUACUUGACAAGCCUUAUGGGUUUCAAGGAAGAAAACAAAAAUCCAUUCAGUAAAUUACAAAGCAAGAGUGCUACUGAUGAGCAAUUAAUGCUUGUUGAUCUGUUAAUAACUGUGACCAUGAUUAUCCGGAAUAUUUCAUUUGGGCUCGGAAACCAAGCUACUUUGGCUAAAAACCCAUGCCAUAAGAAACUAUUCUUUUCCAUUGUGAAAACCAUUGCCACCAGUCCUAAUAAUUUCAUCUUUUACCGAAAAAGAUUAUGUUUGAUGAAAGACUGUCUCGUGAUUUUGAAUAAUCUUGCAUUGAACUUUGAAUUGGAAACAUUGGAAGAAACGUUUUUGGUGGUUGCACUUGUGUUUUAUUUUGGCCCUAAGGUUGAAGACCUGCUUAGAGUUCCUAAAACAAAAUUAGAUGUUCACACUUACUUCCAAUUUGCUAUUGAUUCUCUUGCUAAGCUUUUGGUAAAGGAGCCAUAUAACAGAACAUUAUUUCUGGCCAUUUUGACAGGAUCAUUAAAUGUUAGUGGCCAGCCUUUAAUUGGGAACGCCAAGCCGUUAAGAAUAACUGAUGAAGAUAGACUAGCUACUGAAAAGCUUAUAAAUGCUUACAUGGCAAGUGAUAGCACCGUUGUUGGAGAAGGAGGGCUUAUUAUUCGAAUGUUACAGAUACUUUUCAGUAUCUUGCCAUUUGAUGCUACCACCUUUGAGUUUUCCAAGUUUGUCUUUUCUAGAGCCCCAGUUAUCUGCCAGGCAUUGUUUAGUGCUAAACUAAUUUUGGAUAUGUUACCCUUGGACGAAUUUGCUACGCCAUAUAAUCGUUUAGUUGUUGAAUGGCUUGUUGCGAAUAAAGAACCCCUUUUAACGGAUUUUGUCCGAAUGGCGGUGAUUUUGACAUCUGAAACGGAUAAAGUUCCCCAAGGGACCGAAGAGCGCCGAGUUUUGAACAUUGUUUUAAUCAAGGCAAUGGUGGCCAUGAAUACUCUCUUGGGACACGCAAUCUCAUACCAAAGAAUGCUAGAGGAGAGCAAAUCAGGAGUUGACGAUUCCAAUGAUGAAUUGCUUGAUAGAAUUAAACUGUUGAGUCAUCUUACUCGUUUAGUACCCGAGAGACAUCUUACUAUAGAUAUUACGCUAUCUGCAUCUGUUGAUGGGGUUCUCAGUACAGAGGUUACGCGAAUGCUUAGACUUAUCCGCAGACUAGGAGGACAAACGUUGCACGCUUAG